AUAUUUAGAAAAUAACUAAAGAUACCUAGAAGACAACUCAAGAAGCUAACUCAAGAUGUCGUCCAAUCUACGAGCAAUACAAAAACGCUUAAAAUCGGUUACAAGCAUCCAAAAAAUCACAAGAUCUAUGAGAAUGGUUUCAGCCGCCAAGUAUGCGCGCGCAGAAAAACUUCUAUCAGAUGUGAAGGAUUUUGGGUUGGGCACGAAAGUGUUCUACAAUCUUUUCCCAGUUGAGAAGGAGGCGAAAGACGGUGGAGGGGUGGCAGCGUUUGCCGUGACGUCAGACCGCGGUUUGUGCGGCGCUUGUCACAAUGUGGUCUCCAAGAGGGUGGUGAAGUAUUUGGAGGGGGUACCGGAGAACCCACAGGUGGUCUGUGUGGGAGAGAAGUCGCGUUCGAUUCUACGUUACAGGUUUAAGGAUAAUAUUUUGUUGACGGUGGGCCAGGUUGGGCAGAAACCACCGACAUUCCUGGAUGCUAGUAGGAUUGUGAUCGAGGCUAACGAGCUAGGGUUGGGUGAGAUGUCGUGGUUUAUCGCCUACAACAAGUUUGAGUCGAUUGUAAAGUACGAGACCAGUGAGAUGGAGAUUGCCAGCGUGAAAUCGAUUACAGAUUCGGUGGAAAUGUAUAAGUAUGAAGUGGAGGAGCCCGAGGAUCUGGUGGAUUAUCUGGAGUUUUCACGGCCCGCUCUGCUGUUCUACGCGAUGUGCGAGUCGUCGUGUAGCGAGCAGUCGUCGCGGAUGACGGCCAUGGAUAAUGCGUCGAAGAACGCGUCGGAAAUGAUUGGACGACUGCAGUUGCAGUACAAUCGCAACCGACAGCGACUCAUCACGACCGAGCUGAUCGAGAUCAUUUCGGGAGCGUCGGCUUUGGAGAAGGAGGAGUAAGCCUCAGUUGCACAAAAGCCUGUUAAAUUUUAAUCAUGAUUUGGCUCAACUCACACUUA